UCCUGUGUAAUAACAAAUAGUUACAUACACAACGGUACAAGCCGAUCCCCAAGCUGAUACAUACAAACUUUGUUUUUGUUUUAAGUUCUUAAAACUUCUCAAAUUGAGAAAUGUUGUUUGAUUUGCCGAAUCCUUUCUAUAAAAGAGGAGACAGAAUGCGUUUGCUUUUAAUAUCACAAUGGCUUUUCCUUGUGUGGUAUGUGACCAACAUGUUAGACCUCGGCAGCAUGCACUUCAGUGUGAGCAAUGUUCAAAGUGGCAACACCGUCUCUGUAAUACCGGAGUAUCUCUACUGGAAUACAGACGCAUGGUAAAUGAAGAAAUAGAUGUGAUCUUCAUGUGCAUCGAGUGUAUGCCAGCCGAGCCAGAGGCAGCACCUGAACCAGAAGCAGCACCUGAACCUGAACCAGAAGCAGCACCUGAACCUGAACCAGAAGCAGUACUACCAGACCAGUCCUUCAAUAUUUCACUGGCUAUUGAAGAAGUAGAAGACAUAGUAGAAAGUGACAUAGAAGACCCAGAACUUCCAGAUAACGUUGUCGGCAACAGACCAGUAACAUACCACAUAGAAGAGCAGGGUAGUAAGAGAAGAUUCAAGAAACUAGUUAGCAGUGACGGUUUUGCUUACACAGUCAAGAGAUCAACAACCACAGUCACCCACUGGCGUUGUAGUGUUCGGAGCAAGUCCCUAUGGUGUAAGGCAACAGUUGUGCAACGUGGUGGCAUGUUUGUACCUGGGGUGACUCAACAUGUUCAUCCAUGUGAUCCAGGUCUUACCAAGAAGACAAUUGUUGAAUAA